GGCCGGAGGGGCGGGGCCGUCGUUCCCGGCGUGCCGACCCCGCCGCGAGUCGCGUCACUCCCUCGCCGGCAGCGGGCCCGACCGCAUCGGAGCACGCCCAUUAAACAACGUGCGGAGCGUCCAGACACGCCCGAAAGAUAGAAGGAAACAGGACAAACAGCUGAGCAAGCUGCUGAACAGGACAAACAGCAGAGCGAGUUGCUGAAUACAUAUCUACAGAAGCUGAUCAGCAAGAUGGCGAGCGAGGCUAGCAUUGUGAGUGGCUCCCGUCGCCUGCUGGUGCGCUGGGCAGACGGUGGACAGUCGGAGUACCCCGCCGUGUGGCUGAGAGACAACUGUCACUGCAGCAAGUGCUACACCGCCGGCUCCAUCCACGUGAGGACCCUGCUCAUGGAGCACCUGGACGUCGACUGCACGCUCACAAAGGCUGAGCUCUCUACAGACGCCCAGUCCAUCUCGGUCUCGUGGUCGGAUGGCUGCUCGUGCUCGUUCCCGGUCGACUGGCUGCGGCAGCGAGCGUUCGAGCCGGGCCCGCAGCGGCAGCGCGCCGCGCUCCACCGGCCGGGCACAGUCACCUGGGGCGCCGAGAUGGCCCAGAGCCUGCCGCGACUCCCCUACGACCUGGUCAUGAGCGAGGACGCCGCCAUGCUGGAGGCGCUGCUGAACCUGGAGCGCUACGGCCUGGUGCUGCUCGAGGGGGCGCCCAAACGGCCCGGCGCCGUGCGGGCCUUCUGUGAGAAGGUCGCCUUCAUGAGGACGUCCCAUUUCGGUGACGAGUUCACUGUGCGAGUGAAGGUGGACCCGAACAGCAUCGCCUACACGGGCAACAACAUCGAGAUCCAUACCGACUCCUGCUACUACGACUACAUGCCGGGCAUCCAGCUGCUGCACUUUAUUGUCCAGUACGAGGGUAAGGGCGGUGAGACGCAGCUGGCCGACGGAGCCAAGGUGUGCGAGGACCUCCGCAGGGAGGACCCCCAGGCGUUCCACACGCUCGCCACCGUGCCGGUCGACUUCAAAAACGUCACCAAGAGCGACAACGGCCAGGCGCACUUCAAACUACUCAAGGCACCCGUGAUCACGACCGACUCGGAGGGCGCCCUGCAGUGUCUGAGGUUCACCACCUCCCAGAGGGACUCGUACUUCUCCGUACCUCUAGACCAGGUGGAGCCCUGGUACAAGGCCAAGAAGAAGCUGCUCAACAUGCUGUACGAUGAAAAGUACAUCAUCAAACGCAAAAUGAAUGAAGGCGACAUGAUUGUGUUCGACAACGUGCGCCUGGUGCACGGCCGCGAGCCGCUCUACGAGUCGGAUAAGGUCGGCGAGCGUCACCUGGAGGGCGGCUACAUCGACUGGGACGAGGCCCGCUCCCGGCGCCGCGUGCUCCAGGAGAAGCUCGCGGGAAACCCGUCCGGAUACGGGUUCUAGACGCGGGCGUUUGGCGUGGGGUGAGGGGAUGGUGGGGCUUGCUCAUGCACUUCUAGCUACGGGUAGAUAGCAUAUGCAAGGGUGGAAAGCCGGUAAGUGUCACAUUAGCAUCAAGCAUAGCAGUGCGACAAGGUGCUCUUGCGUUUUUUCCUCUUUUUUAGGUGGUCAAUAUCACAUAGUCGCAUCAGCCCGAUUUGCCUCGUUUUAGAGGAAGUGUUUAGAUGGGUACACCCGUAACGUUUAGAGAAUGUGAUCAGUAACAGUGAUUCAAGGGCAUUUGUGAAAUAUAUCGAUGAGUGAC